CACUGUGCAGUCAUUUGGAUUUGGUUUGCUUUAGCUCAUACAUCACAUUUUAUCAGACAUUUCUAUUUGACUAAGGAGAAAGUAACCAUACAAAAACUAAUUACAAAUGGUCUCUUUUAAUGUUCUCCUCAUUGUCUUCAUCGGUUGGCCAUCUGUUUGCAGCAGCCUUUGGACAGUGACGAAAAGUACUGCAAGGACUGGAGGAAACAUCACUGUCCCCUGUCACUACCACCGUAUGUUCAAAGACAAUGUCAAGUAUUGGUGUAAGGGCAGAUCCUGGACUUUCUGUAAAGUGAUGGCAAGCACCAACCCAAAAUGGAAGACAGGGCGCAUGUUAAUUACUGACAGCCCAGAGGAGCUGGUCUUCACUGUCACCAUGUCGAACCUGCAGGAGACUGACACUGACAAGUACUGGUGUGCUCUGAAAGUGGGUGGGAUUGACAAGCCUGAUGUCAAAGUAUCCCUAAGUCUCAAAGUAACCAAAGCUCUUCCGGAUCUGUCAGUGGUUGAGGAGGAACUGUCUGGUGAGGAGGGGGGCAGUAUCAGAGUCCAGUGUGUCUACAGUGACCCCCUCCGAGACAAGGCAAAGUGGUGGUGCAGGAGUGGGGACUGGCAUUCCUGUCAGACACAAACAGAGACCAGCCAGAAUGCAUCUGUUGUGAUCAAGGAUGACAAGAGCGGGGUGUUCAAUGUGACCAUAAGGAAACUGGAGAGAAAGGAUUCAGGCUGGUACUGGUGCUCUGUUGGAGACCUGCAGGCCCCAGUUCAUAUUAAUGUAAUCCAAAGGCCCACAACUCACAGGAACAUUACAGUGACUCCUCCAACUUCUUCCACAUUGCAUUUAUCAUUUUCCAGCUCAGAGACCUCCGUUACUACCUUUAGUUUAAAGACAAGCCCUUCCUUAACAUCUGUCACUGCUCUGACUACAACAUACCCACCUGUCUCCAUUCCAUAUAUCACGGUCCAUUCUUCCACAUUGAUUGUUCCACUAUCAACAACACAACCUUCCAAAGAUUCUAAAACUACCGUUAUCCAUCAAAUGUACCUUGACAGAAAUAUACCCUGGCAUGUUCUUUUUCUCAUGGUGCUGGUCAUGAUGGUAUUGGUGAUACUUGUCAUGGCUGCUGUGAACCUCUAUAGAUCUUCUAGAAAUAAUGCCAGACCUAUGGAAGGAGAGAUGGUUGACCUGGUGAUAGAUCAAGAUAAUCAAAAUCAGCUGGAAUAAUAAUUGGAUUUGUAGAAAAAUAGUGUUUUGCUUUAAUAUGAACCAAAAUGAUCAUAUACAGUAAAAUGCAUCGUAACAAUAACUUCCAAUUGCUAGAGAACAGAUAAAAUACAAAAAAAUAUAGUCACAAAAUGUCAAUACUUAGGCCUGGCAAAGCAUUACAAAGGAGGAAACCCAG